CAGCUGCUGUCAGCCGUAACAAAAGUUUAUUUUUAUAUACUUUGAUACAUUAUUCAUUUCUUUCAUUCUUCCUGUGAAUCCUCAGAUGAUUCAUUACACGAUUCAUAACUCCAUUUUGUAGAAUAAACCGAUGAUGUGAUGUUUUGAAAGUGUAUCAAUGUUCGUGGAAGAGUUUUCCCGAUGUUUUAUUUUUAAUAAAACUUAUAAAUGAGAAGUAGUGCCAAACAUACAAGAGACAGUUUCCAUCUUGAAGAGUAUAUAACAGAAAUGAAUCUGAUAGUUACGUGAAAUUCCAACAGUGCCAACAGUUUUUUUUACACAACACAUUCUAGCCAAAUAUGACCAUAUUAUAUCAAACCAAAAUGUGUGACUCAGAAAGGGACGAAGUCGAUCGAAUACCUUCAAAAGAUAGGGCUACCAAUCUGGAUAUAGCUGGAUUCAUCUUCUCCAUAGUCAGCCACACGGCUGAUGUGUUUUUCGACUGUAAUGUGGCCUACAGAUAUUACGCUGCUACUCAAACGAAUUAUUUCGUUACCACUCUUGCCUUUAUCAUGAUUCCCGCUCUCAUAAGCACUGUGUUUAGUCUGAGGAUGUACGUGUUGGACACGGAUAACUUGAACAGAAGUACCACCCUAACCAAAAGGUUCACCAAGAGAAAACUGUGUUGUAUAAUAGUCCUACUGUUCCAACUUGCUCCGAUUUUGAGGUAUUUUGAUGCAUUGCAGUACGCUAUCAAGUCAAAGAAAGCCGAGAAGAACAAAGACGUAGAGAACCAGAGGAAGUAUUACGAGUUGAUGGUGAAGGAAGAUUCAGACGUGGCUCUGCUGAGGGUUCUGGAGUGUUUUUUGGAAGCUGCCCCCCAAUUGAUUCUGCAGUUGGGGAUUAUAUUUUACAAUCACGGCAAAGACAUGUAUAAUGACACUUUUACAUUGAUCCAUCAGCUGCUAUCCAUCGGCAGUUCUUUCGUGAGUAUGGCUUGGGCGAUGGCGUCAUACCAGAGACUGCUAAGGGUGGCCUUGAAAACAAAACACAAUAUAUCCUGGGCUGGGACCAUAGUACAGUUCAUGUGGCAUUUUUUGGUUACAGUGUCGCGCAUCCUGUGCAUCAGCGUGAUCGCCGCUAAAUUCCCCACGGAGACGAUUCUCGUCCUGAUCGGGCACUGGUUCGUGAUGACGAUCUGGCUGGCGUGCACCAGCGCCAAGAACAACUUCUGCGACCACAACAGCCUCUACGACUUCCUCUUCUAUUGCAUACUGGGCGCGGUCUACCUCUUCACGCACGUUAUCCUCGUCGAGGGGCCCACCUGUUGUAAGUACCUCAUCUUCUACAGCAUCCUCUUCGUCGAGAACACCGUCGCGAACGCGAUUUGGAUCGUCACUGCAGACGACGCACUCAAGCAGAUGGUCUACUACCUGCCCAUUGUAUUCCUGAACGUGAUCCCAUUCCUACUCGGGAUCAUGUUCAUGAUGCUCUACUACAAGGUGUUCCAUCCGAGCACGGGCUACAGCAGGCAGCAGUCUUCCGUGCCGGCGGCCAGCUAGCAGAAGAGGAGCUUACGCUGGAUUUCUCUUUAGGUGGGCACUAUGUGAGUCUGCUUGUUUGAUUGCGAUGGUUGAUUAUGGUUCUGAAGUUUUGCACGGUUCAAGUUUAUAUGAUAUCUCUUCAAUAUUGAUGGCUUUUAGCCUCAAGAGAAGGAACUAAGGGUUAUAUUUUGAAUUUUCAAUUUCAAUUAUUUGUUUAAUGUUGGAAAAAAAUCAAAAUUUUGAGUUCAAAAUACAAUGCACUAGAGACGUUUUAACGUUUUAGAGGGUAUUGGUAUAAAGUUAUUCGGAAAUUUCACUUUCCAGUUUAAUUAUGUAUUUUUUAAUUAAAAAAGGUUCAUGUACAGAAUAAAACACAACCGAUAUAGUUUUUCAGGUUGGAUUGUGUGAUUAAUGAAAGAGAAACAAUUUACAAUAUUACAUCCUAUAAAAAAUACUGGAAACUAAUAAUUCAGUCAUGUUAUAUUCUUAACAAAUGUUGAGAAAAUAUUUGUUUUCACGUGUUACACAUUCAUUACAAAUUUUUUCUAGAAUAAAUUGAUCUUAAAUACUGCAAUAAAUCUAAUCUUUCUUAUAUUGUAUUCAUACAGUGUAAUAAAUGUCUUUGCAUCAACACCAACACUUUUACAAGAACUGUGUUAUCUAUAGAGUCCAAUUUAUGUGUUUCCAUAUUUUUCUUCAAAAAUCUCUGUCUUGAGCUACUUGAUUUUUUUUUUGAAAAAAUUG